AUGUCGUCGUUCAGUGAAGCAACUGCUCUAAAGCUCAAAGACCAAAAGCAAGACGGCUCGCGCGUUUAUGAGGGUUUGGCGGACCAGGACUGGUGCAUCGGCGCUGUUCCACACGGCGGAUACGUGCUCGCCCUUUUGGUUGGCGCCUUGACUCUGGAUCAAGCGCAAGCUGCGCUACCGGACAUUCUCCAUAUCACGACACAUUAUCUGAGGCCCACGGCCAUCGGGCCUUUCGAGGUGCAUAUCAAGACCAUACGCACAGGAAAGACGACCUGUAAUUUAUCGGCCGAGCUGCGACAGAAGGAUGUGGUCAAGGUCACUUCACAUGCCGUUUUCGGCACAAUGGAUCCUGCCUCAAACCCAGGCGGUCCGAACCUCAUGUUGGAGCCGCCCUCGCCGCUAGCGCGAAUCACCCCCUUCAGAACGCCGCCGGCCUCGACCGAACUCAUAUCGCAAUCUACCCUCCGCACCAAGUUUAGCGACCGUCUCAACUACUCGCGUGACCAGACUGUACGCGACCACUAUCAACAAACUCAAGCACGCGAUGGUGCAGGCGGUCUUGAGAUGGGAGCGUACUGGUCCUUCAUAGACAAGGCGGAGCCCAUGAACCCGGCCGUACUGUCGCUCUUCGCGGACCUCUUCCCCAACGCAUUGCCCCACAUGUUGGCAGAUUUGCCUCCGAGUUGGCACCCGACCAUAACGAUGUCUGUCGAAUUCAAGUUCCCUAUACCACGGGGGACUGAUCUACGGACCCUAGGCGCAUUCUCGUCUAUGCGCUUCGUCAACGACCCUCACGGCCGUCACGACGUAUACGUGGAGAUAUGGACUGCUCCUGGAGAGAUUGCCAGUGGCAAGCCACCCACGAACGGAUGGCGGCAAGAACAACGUUGCCUAGCUGUGGCGCAUCAGAUGGCAAUGCUCAUGCCAUACGAGGUUAACCUCCGCAACACAUCGAGAUUGUAG